CCACAUAAGGUUGCCAGCAGAACCUUCUAGCUUUUCCAGCACCUUCCACAACAUUUAAUCAACACAAAAACUAUAUAUAUACAAUCAAACCCUCUACAAUCCUCAGCCUCACUAAAUAGAAAAAAAAUUCAGUACUUCAUUCACAACCAAAAACUAACACAAAAAAACACAGUUCAUUCAUUAGCAGCAAAAUGAAGCCAGUGGUGCAGGAAAACAAGGAGAAAGUUGACACGAAAAACGUCGACAAAAUUAAGUAUAUAGAAAGAAAGUUAACAGAAAAAGGGGUGCAGAGAUUGGAAAGACAUCCAGCAGAUGGGCUACCAUUGAAACAUGAUCCAAAAAAAGGCCAUGGCGGAAAGUUUACAUGGGAAGGACCUGAUAAGGAAGCCGUGAAUGAAUUAGAGCCGGCGCCGCCGGCAUUGGACGAGAAGGAUCCGAACUAUGUGGAUGAAGAAGCAGAGGAAAAGUUGAUGAAAGAGGAGGAAAUUGGAGGAGUUGUGGUGGGUGAAGUUGAAGUGGCAAAAGUGGCUGAAGAAGGUGUUGCUAGAGUUGAAAUUGAUCCUAAUUUGAAGGUUAAUUAGAUUUGUUGAUUAGAUUGUUGACUUGUGUAAUUGGGUUUUGAACUGUUGUUGUGACAUGUAAUGUAAUAAUAAGUAGUACAGUUUUCUUUGCUAAUUUAAUCGAAAAACAAUAUCUAAACCACAAAAUCAUUGUGCCUUUUCACUCCCUACUCUCUACUACGGGUUUAUAUAGAUCGAGUUGGUUCGGUUUUAUCAAAACUAAAUCAAAACAACUAUGUCGGUUUGAA